AUGAGGCUCCUUGGCUCAGAAGCCAAAGCGCUCGCUGUCCCCUAUGUUCUUCAGGAGAACUUCAGGGAAACCCCACGAUAUGGGAAGCUUCAUCCUUUCCUGUCUCGUUUAGUGGUGCUUAUAUUUGGCACUCUUUACCCUGCGUAUUAUUCUUACAAAGCUGUGAAAUCAAAGGACAUCAAAGAAUAUGUCAAAUGGAUGAUGUACUGGAUCAUAUUUGCACUCUUCACGACAGCAGAGACGUUCACGGAUCUCUUUCUUUGCUGGUUUCCAUUCUACUAUGAACUGAAAAUAGCUUUUGUAGCUUGGCUGCUGUCUCCGUACACAAAAGGCUCCAGCCUCCUGUACAGGAAAUUUGUUCAUCCAACACUGUCUUCAAAAGAAAAGGAGAUCGAUGACUGCCUCGUCCAGGCAAAAGACCGGAGCUACGAUGCCCUUGUGCACUUUGGGAAGCGGGGCCUGAACGUCGCGGCCACAGCAGCCGUCCUGGCAGCAUCUCGUGGACAGGGGGCCCUGUCUGAGAGACUAAGGAGCUUUAGCAUGCAGGAUCUCUCGACGAUUCGUGGAGACAGCAGCAGCACUGUUCCUCCUUCGGUCACUGUACGAACAAGUAGCAAACAGAGCCAGCCAAAAACAUCCAGAAGUGCAUCGGAAGGCACUGGCAGCUCAGGCACCGCCUAGGACCCUUAGACCUCGCUUCAGGAAGAAAAGUACCUCGUCCUCUGCCACCGAAACAAUGUGAGUGCAAUGAGCCAAUAGCACCAAGAUCCACAGAAUGUGUCUCUUCUGCCUUAAAGAGCUACUCGUUCAUAACGUAGGAAACAGCAGCGGGAUGGAUGUGCUUUGAUGUACAGCGUUGUAGGCACGGCCUUUCUCUCUCCUCUCUCUGUACCCUUCUGUCACACGCUUCUCGCGUUUGUCCGCGCCAUGGGUAGGACAGUCUGGCAGACGCCUGCGGGUGAAGAGUCCUUGUUUCGUUUGCAGAGUGUACGCCCCCUCACGCUAAUCCUGCGAGGCUGUACCGUUACAGUUCUCAUUUGUGUCUGCAUAGCUCUAGCUCUGUGAAUGCACAGCGGAAACAAAAAUAAUCAGUUACUCAUCAUGAUACAUUGGCAGUGUAUUUAUUUAUGGCUUUAUCAUUAAUGAAGUGGAUUUGCAGAAGCCAUGGAUUUCUCUUUCCUCCCUUCCUCCUCAAGACUGUGAAUGAUGUAACAAACGUCAAAGUACUUUGACUGUACAAAAUGUCGAAGAUUCAUUACCGAAAGCCGAGCUGCGGCUCUGUUUCUCUUGCUGCAAGUAAAUCGUGUGUUCUGAGAAAAUCAUUGUGCUAAAAACCACAGGGACAGAACCACUUACAGAGGACGAGGAAGAGACACACAAGAGAAAAUAAAUGGUUUCAACGAUGUAAUGAAGAGGGAGUCUUAAUUUUGAUCAGCCUGAGCCAGGAGAGUAUUGUGUGGAAAACGAUGGCAGCUAGAAGAACCAGAUCGUAUCGCUUGUGGCAAAUUUCUGCUGCCAGUUUUAAAGUGUGAGCAAGCCAGGCUUGUAAAGCUGCAGCGACAGAAGUUAGAAUCGCUUUAGUGACGCACUGCCAGGGGAAAAGGCACCUUUCUCCCCUG